CGGGAUCGGCGGCUGCGGCGGCGCACUACCGGCAUGGCCGCUCUCUACGGGGGUGUAGAGGGGGGAGGCUCACAGUCCAAGGUCCUUUUACUCUCAGAGGAUGGGCAGAUCCUGGCAGAAGCGGAUGGACUCAGCACAAACCACUGGCUGAUCGGGAAAGACAAGUGUUUGGAGAGGAUCAACGAGAUGGUGAACAGGGCCAAGAUGAAAGCGGGGGUGGAUCCUCUGGUCCCUCUACGAAGCUUGGGCCUGUCCCUGAGCGGAGGGGAGCAGAAGGACGCGGUAAAGAUGCUGACGGAGGAGCUGAGGGACCGAUUUCCCUACCUGAGUGAAAGCUAUUUAAUCACCACCGAUGCUGCCGGCUCCAUCGCCACGGCUACGCAGGAUGGUGGGAUCGUGCUCAUCUCUGGGACAGGUUCCAACUGCAGGCUCAUCAACCCGGAUGGCUCCGAGAGUGGCUGUGGCGGCUGGGGCCACAUGAUGGGGGACGAGGGCUCAGCCUACUGGAUUGCACACCAAGCAGUGAAAAUAGUGUUUGACUCUAUUGACAACCUAGAGGCGGCUCCUCAUGACAUUGGCUACAUCAAACAGGCAAUGUUCAACUAUUUCCAGGUGCCAGAUCGGCUAGGAAUCCUCACCCACCUGUAUAGGGACUUUGAUAAAUGCAGGUUUGCUGGGUUUUGCCGGAAAAUUGCAGAAGGUGCUCAGCAAGGAGAUCCCCUUUCCCGUUUUAUCUUCAGGAAGGCUGGGGAGAUGCUGGGCAGACACAUUGUGGCUGUGUUGCCUGAGGUUGACCCGGCCUUGUUCCAGAGGGAGAUGGGCCUCCCCAUCCUGUGUGUGGGCUCUGUGUGGAACAGCUGGGAGCUGCUAAGGGAAGGUUUCAUUCUGGCACUGACCCGGGGCAGAGAGAAACAGGCCCAGAACUCCUUCUCCAGCUUCACCCUGAUGAAGCUGCAACACUCCUCUGCCCUGGGCGGGGCCAGCCUAGGGGCCAGGCAUAUUGGGCACCUCCUCCCCAUGGACUACACUGCCAAUGCCAUUGCCUUCUACUCCUACACCUUCUCCUAG